AUGGGUGUUCAAUACUAUCCGCCAUUCGACGCAUCACUGAACCGUUCAGCUUACUCCUGGCCAGUGUUUGACCAAAGCACCGGUUACCAGGACGGAUCUGAGCUGCUGGAUCCCUUCGCCGAACAGGCCAUCGUCUCCAGUGAUUCCCGGUCUAUUUCGUCGAGCCCCCCUCGAGCCAUGUUCACCACCGAACAGCGCGAGCUGAAGCGCCAAAGAGAUCAGGCCCGGAGAGAUUCGAAGGCACAUAUUAGGCGGGACGGGUCAUCAAGCAACUCAUACCACCCGUCUCUCUCAACUACGCCUGAUAUCCUUCCCAGGACCCUCGCAGGCUAUUCCCAAACCGCGACUUCAGCAUCCAUCUCUUCCGUCAACCUGCCAAUACAACAGCCAUAUAUGAGCCCACCCCAAAUCCCGAGCACUCUAUCACCAGAACUAUACCAGGCCCCGUACCCAAUCGACGACUUCCCAGGUGGAUACCUCAUGCCAUACACCACCGCAGCAGGCGAACCAUCCAUCCCUUCUCUCAGCUCCCGCCCAGUCACCAUGGCCGCAAUGACUUCAGGCCCAGAAAUGCAAUUCUACUAUGGCAACCAGCAGCAGACGAACGCCCCACAAGAAUCCACCGACACUGUGCGCGUGGUGCACUCACGCCCGAAACCACAGUGUUGGGACCACGACUGUAAUGGCCGCAAGUUCUCGACCUUCAGCAACCUGCUACGCCACCAACGUGAGAAGUCCGGCAUGGGCACGAAACCCACUUGCCACAAGUGCGGCGCGGAAUUCACGCGCACGACGGCGCGCAACGGGCACAUGGCGCACGAGAAGUGCAAACAACGAACGCAACUCAUAGCCGGAUAG